AUUAUGUAAAAAGGAAAACAAUACACAAGGAAAGGGGAAAGAAGAUGAAAUGACCUAGGAAACAUGAAAUGGGUAGAAAGAGCUAUAAUCACUCCUUCCAAGAAGUUGAUGAUCCGAAGACCAAAACCGUUUAAGUUGUGAAGAAAUCGAACUCUGGUUCCAUUGGUUCUACAUCUUUUCAAUGGCGAAACCCGAGAGUAUGAAGUUAAAUUCAUCAAAGCUACCCCAAAAAAUCCACCCCUCUAAUGAUCCAUCUGAAUUCAAUCCUCUUUCCUAUUCCCUCGAAAAGUUUCGCCUCUACGAAACACGUGCUAGGUUUUAUCUAAUAGGCAGUGAUAGGAAUAAACAGUUCUUUAGAGUGCUAAAGAUUGAUAGAAUGGAGCCUUCAGAUCUUAACAUAAGUGAAGACCCAGUUGUGUAUCCCCCUGAGGAAGUAAAAAGUUUACUUCAACGGAUUGCUGAAGGAAAUAGAGCUACGGGGGGCUUGAAUUUUGUGGCUAAAGUUUAUGGCAUUGCUGGUUGCAUUAAAUUUUUGGAGUCACAUUAUCUUGUAUUGGUGAAAAAAAGGCGCCAAAUUGGAUGUAUGUGUGGUCAUGCAAUAUAUAGUAUAGACGAGAGCCAAAUUAUUGCAAUACCUCAUGUCUCGGUCCAAACUGAUGUUGCUCAUUCGAAAACUGAGUUAAGGUACAAGAAGCUUUUGUCUAGUGUUGACUUGACAAAAGAUUUUUUCUACAGUUAUACGUAUCCUAUAAUGCGAAGCUUGCAGAAGAAUGUCUUGUCUACUGGUGAGGAUGGGAUGCCAUAUGACAAUCUUUUUGUCUGGAAUAGUUAUCUAACACAUACAAUUCGAUCAAGAUGCAAGAACACAAUGUGGACAAUUGCUUUAGUUCAUGGGCACUUUAAGCAGACUAGGCUAUCAAUAUUUGGAAAAGACUUCAGUGUUUCUCUGGUUUCUAGACGUUCUCGGCAUUUUGCAGGAACACGAUACUUGAAAAGGGGAGUUAAUGAUCAUGGAAGAGUGGCAAAUGAUGUUGAAACUGAACAAAUUGUGCUUGAUGAAGAAGCUGGCUCAUGCAAAGGAAAAAUGAGCUCUGUUGUUCAAAUGAGGGGCUCAAUUCCUCUUUUCUGGUCACAAGAAGCUUCAAGAUUCAGCCCAAAGCCAGAUAUAAUCUUACAAAGAUAUGAUCCUACUUAUGAAGCAACCAGAUUGCAUUUUGAAGAUCUUGCAAGGAGAUAUGGAAACCCAAUAAUCAUACUUAAUCUGAUCAAGACAGUUGAGAAAAGGCCACGAGAAAUGAUGCUUAGACGCGAGUUUGCAAAUGCAGUUGGGUACCUAAAUCAGAUACUUUCUGAAGAAAAUCACCUAAAAUUUAUACAUUGGGAUUUUCACAAGUUUGCAAAAAGCAAGUCUGCGAAUGUAUUAGCAGUUUUGGGUGGUGUGGCGAGUGAAGCACUUGAUUUAACUGGAUUUUACUACAGCGGAAAGCCAGUGAUUGUUAAGAGGCGGGCUACACAACUCAGCCGUACAAGCACUGCAAGGUAUGUUCAUGCAUAUCACGCCCCGAAAUGGUAAUGACAAACAAGAACCGUAUGCCCCUACUUUACAAGCAAUCUAUAGAUAUAAAAGAUUAUGGGAUAAUAAUGAGCAGGAUAUCCAAUAAGAGUUGUAUGUACACACGAGGGAGUUAUGUUAACAAAAAUUGUACUAUACAAUAUUGCAUGUUGUACAUGAAGCCUCUAGCCAGUUUAAUACAAUAUACUACUAAUAACUAGUUGGGACAGGGCCCGACAUGCCCAACUAGAGACCUGCGUAUACUACUAAUAACUAGUUGGGACAGGGCCCGACAUGCCCAACUAGAGACCUAUACAUAUUUUAAAAAAUGCUAGACAUAGACGUACUUUAGAGUGAGAUGGAGCUCACCAAAAUAUUAGCCGGAAGCGAUUAUAGAGCCUAAUGUGGACGUUUGCUAUCCUGUGAAUCUGAGCCUGCAUCAAUAGAACGUGUGCCCCCAAGACGUUAGUACAUACUAGUAUGAAAGAUAACAACUGGACAAGUGCGGAAGUGAUAACGAUCCUAGUCGGAGGUGACUAAAAUCGAUAUCGAAAUGCGGAAUUAAAUAACAAAAUUAAAGAAUAGUUAAGAAAUAAGAGGUGAGGAGUGAAGAAAGAAAGACAUUGAACAACAAUUAAACCAAGGGAGAAGGAGAACUCAAUCAAAUGCAUGAGAAAUCUAAUUAAAACCACAAUAUGAUAACUCGUUGAUCAAUUAAGCGAAGAAGAUUACACAAGCAAUUCGGGAAUCCACCCUAAUCGCUCGAUCGAAGCUAACAAUUGAACCUAAUUACUACCCUAAACUAGAGUAACUAAAUAUCAAGUCUAUUCAAGGCGAUUCAAUCAUCAAAACUCAAGUGAGUAAAAUGGCUAAGGCAACUAUUUAUAGUCAUUGCCUUUACAAAAAUAGCCUAUUACAAAAAUAGCCCAAAAGUGACUAUUUUACAAAUAACCCACAAGAGACCUUCUUGACUGCCCAAAUGGCAUCUUGAUUACCCAUGACCUUGUGUAUUUAUUUCGUUAUGCCUUCCUCUAGGCUCCAAGCUAUCAUCCAUAUAUGGAAGCCCUUCCUAAUGUGCUCCAAGCUAACUGUGCUCGUAUCAGGAAGCUCAUAUGAAUCAAAUACCAAAGUGAAAGAAGUAUGAACAUACAAGCAACAAAUAUACGAUAUGAAACUGUAGUCUAUCACUAACUUUAUUAGCUCAUCAUAUAAUGUCCAGGGAGCGUUCAUUAUAAUAUAAUACCUAUAAUUUCCCUAGGUGAUGUACUUAAACUGUCUGUAGUACAAAUAAUCAUAGGAUGUCCUACCAAAGACGAUUUGAGUCAAAUAUAACACGUAUGUUGCCCAAAUACUUAUGCAUAUAACUGUAGUUGUAGUCUGAUACAAGGUUCGCCCCUUUGGGCUCACUAUAAUGGUCUAGUCUCGAUCUUGUGCCAAGUAAAACCUAUGUACCCUCCCGUUGUGAACGUAUAUCAUAUAAUGCCUUAAAUGCCUAUGACAUGUGAAUUACGGGAAUGAUCAUUUAGAUAAUACAUACAAGUGCAACUAUGCUAUUGCUAUUUGACAUAUAUACCAUGUGGCCUAAGAAUUUCAAGUAAAGAAACUAAUAUGGAAUAUUGUGAAGACUUUAACAUAAAGAGAGCAAGACUGAUAUUUAUAAGCUUGAGGGUAGGACGUGGGAAUGAUAUAUAAGACAAAUAAGGGUUCUAUCCUCGUAUUUCAUGAGAAUUAUAUUAACGUUGAUAAAAAGGAGCACAUGACGUAGGUGGUUCCUUAGUGGUGAGGAAAGAUUUAGCUUUACAUACCUUUAGUACUUUACUCGCUAUGAUAGUGUUCUGAGCCCCAAAUAAUUCGACCCACGGAAGUGUAGCGCUUAUCUUUCCAAUCACCAAUUCAGCUACCCAGUAGGCAAUUAAUUAGCUACAAAGAUAACAUAUACAUCCAUCAAUAACCCAUAGAUGCAUUUGACAAUUUAUUCCAAUAAUCUUCACUUAUGCUCGAAAUCAAUCGAAUUUCUAAAUAGGAAUCCAAUAUGAAUCCUUAGGUUUCCCAACUUAUGUUGUCCAAUACCAAGUCUACCCAAUUGGUAGGAAUUCCCAAAAAAAUUCCCUUUCUAUCUCAAUUCCAUCACUUUUCAUCUUUUUUCUCAAGAACCCUUAUUAAAGGCCUUUUUCAAAAAGUAAAGAAAAGAUUCAGAUUAGAUAUCCCCAAAUACUUAUCUAUAAUUAAAUUCAAGAAAGGGAUAGAGAAUUUACCUCUUGGAGUUCAAAUUCCAACUAUAGAUGUCCACAUUAAGAGGAGAUGGCAGGAGUAUUUUCAUAGGCUUUUGAAUGAGGAGGGGGAUAAAGGCAUCGAGUUAGGAGAGCUAGAACACUCGGAGGAGAGACGUGAUUUCAGUUAUUAUAGGCGUUUUAGGGUGGAGAAAGUCAGAGAAGCUAUUCGUAGAAUGCG